ACACAGAGAGAGGGGGGAGUGUUGUGUUGAGAGCGUGUGUGGUCGCAGGCUGUAGGGAGUACGUGUGCUCGUGUGCUCGUGUGCUCGGUUUUUAAACAGCUGGAGUAUUCUUUCUUUUUUCUUUUUUCUUUUUUCUUUUUCCCGCACCGCUGCUGAACUUCGUGGCCCGUGUUCGUGCGUGGAACCUGCUCCAGUGUGCGCGAGGAAACAGCUUGAAGAAAAAGUUGACUCAAGUUGGAGUUUUUUUGGGGAAGGACCGUUGAACAACUUCCACGAACAGUCACCAGAGGAAGGAAAACAUCACCAAUGCGCCUUUAACUGACCGAACAACCGACAGCGUCUGUGGGGAUUUGGGACUUUUCAAAGAACUCGCAGCAGGAAAUUGUUGCUUGGUCCUCGAGCGACGUCACGUUUGUCAGAACUCUUGAAGAAAAGGGAAGUCGCCUCUCACUCGACUUUAAACCCCUUGUGUUUUUUAAAGGGUGUUUCGGACUCUCGGCCGUUAUUAUUAUUAUUAUUAUUAUUAUUUCACAGGUAACGUUUCCCCACUAAACAGCAGACCUGAAGCGAGCACUGGGAACCAUGGGUUGUACGGUCAGUCAGGAAGAUAAAGCCGCGGCCGAGAGGUCUAAGAUGAUCGACAAGAACCUCCGAGAAGAUGGAGAGAAGGCGGCCAGAGAGGUCAAACUGCUGCUACUGGGUGCUGGCGAGUCAGGGAAGAGCACCAUUGUGAAGCAGAUGAAGAUUAUUCAUGAGGACGGUUACUCAGAAGACGAGUGUAAGCAGUACAGAGCAGUGGUCUACAGCAACACAAUCCAGUCCAUUAUGGCCAUCAUCAAAGCCAUGGCCAACCUCAACAUUGACUAUGAGGAGUCAGCCAGAGCGGAUGAUGCCCGCCAACUGUUUGCCCUGUCAGCAGGAGCAGAGGAGCAGGGCAUCCUGCCAGACGACCUGGCCAACGUCAUCCAGCGACUGUGGGCCGACAGCGGCGUCCAGAGCUGCUUCACACGGGCUCGAGAGUACCAGCUCAACGACUCUGCAGCCUACUACCUGAACGACCUGCAGAGGAUAGCUAAGCCAGAUUAUAUCCCCACACAGCAGGACGUGCUGCGGACUCGAGUCAAGACCACCGGCAUCGUGGAGACACAUUUCACCUUCAAGGACCUGCACUUCAAGAUGUUUGACGUCGGAGGUCAGCGCUCAGAAAGGAAGAAGUGGAUCCACUGCUUUGAGGGAGUCACGGCCAUCAUCUUCUGCGUCGCCAUGAGCGCCUACGACCUGGUGCUGGCCGAGGACGAGGAGAUGAACCGAAUGCACGAGAGUAUGAAGCUGUUUGACUCCAUCUGCAACAACAAGUGGUUCACGGAGACGUCCAUCAUCCUGUUCCUGAACAAGAAGGAUCUGUUUGAGGAGAAGAUCGUCCACAGCCCUCUGACCAUCUGCUUCCCUGAGUACACUGGCCCAAACAAGUACGAGGAGGCGCAGGCCUACAUCCAGACCAAGUUUGAGGACCUGAACAAGAAGAAGGACACCAAGGAAAUUUACACCCACUUCACCUGCGCCACCGACACCAAGAACGUGCAGUUUGUGUUCGACGCCGUCACCGACGUCAUCAUCAAAAACAACCUGAAGGACUGCGGCCUCUUCUGAAACAACGACAACAUAAAAGAGUCCAGAUUACUACUUGAACGGUUGUGACGACCAUAAAGACGAGGGGAACACACACACACACACACACACACACGCACACACACACAUCAUGAAUGACUGCACUGGCCAAAACCACGACGUACGCUUCGAUCUGCUUUUUAUAAUAAAAACAAACAAAAAAACAACAACAACAACAACAACAACAACUAAGAGACUGAAAGCUCGACAAGUCUUGCAGAAUUUCAUCUAACGCUGAUCCAGUCGCUCGUAUCCUUCACUCUUUGGGCUCCGAUGACCACAGGAAAAAAAAAAGAAAUCAAACUUUAUUUUGUAUUUUUUGUUCUUUUUCUUUAUUUUCAAUUUUACUAAAUGAGGCAAAGGAAAACAGUUUUUUUAUAUAUAUAUAUAUAAAUAAAUAAAUCAAUCAAUUCAUUUUA